AUGGGGCGUUGCCGUUGCUUCCCGGUUGCGUUGAGAAAGCUAAUCGGCUUGGAACCGGAAGGCGACGACAACGUCGUCGAAAGGCCGGAAGAGCUGAUCAAUCGCUACGUGAGGCUUAUGACGGCCACAGCCAACAUUACAAGCGGUCUUGGGACGCUGGCGUUGCUGUGGUCCACCGUCGUCCUCCUCGGAGGCUUCGUCGCCGUUCUGGGGAUGAAGGACUUUUGGACUCUCACCCUACUCAGCUUCCUACUGGCGUGCAGGGUGGUUGACAAUUAUGACAAGGAGUUUAAGAGAGGGAUUUAUACGGAAGAGGUCAAAAUCAUGAGUUUUGUCAGGCGUCAGAAAUGGAUCGAUGAGGCCACGGCCAUGUGUCAAAGAUUCAUGCUGGGUACGGCGUUAUUACCCAAGUAUAUUUUGUUGAGCUGCCUUUUGCUACUGUCCUUCAAUGUUGCGCCGUUUGUGAGCCUGGGGAUCUCAGUGCGGCGUCUUGUACGACGAGAUUAUGGCGACGCCGGAGGAGAUGUUGCCAACAGAGCAAAACUGAAUGCCGCACUGGACAUCUUCUAUGCUCUAGCUCUGUUGCAGAGUCUAUUCGUCGUGUACUGGGUUGCCCUUCAAGUGAUGUUAGACGCGUCAGUUUUGGAAGUCACGGCUGUGACGAGCAAACAAUAUGGAGGUGAAGAAUGGAGUUUAACGCUAGUUGAUAUGUACCGUUCAGAAACAAGAAGGAAGUUUAGGAAGGACGGGGAGCUGCCCGGCAAUUGGAACUUCAUCAGCUACGGCGUUGAGUUGCUCCAGUCUGCAUCUGGGAACGAUGACCACCGAUGGGGAGCAAGGAUACUAGACAAGCUGAUCUCUGGCAAGGAUAAAUCUGUAAGGCAGGAGCUGCUAUCUUCCAGGCUCUCUAUUCAGAAUCUGAUGGGCAUGAUUGGUCGUCGGAGAGGCGCAGCUGAUGGUGACAUGGAGAACAGAGAGCGCGCCACAACCAUUGUUGCACACCUUGCCAGUGACCUCCAUAUAACAAGCUUCCCGGGUACAUUGCAGUGCAUUUGUUCCCUACUUGAAAGCACUAGCAGCUGUGACUGUGAACCAAAGUCGCAUGCCUGUCCGUCGGGAAAUCCUGAUGAACAGGCGACACUGCCUACCGAUGAAAAUGAUCAUCAGCAUGGGUCACUGGAAACAUCCGAGCAUCAAGACGAUGGUACCCACAUGGACAUGGUAGCGCCCACCAUCACAGACCAAACUGACGAGGAACGACAAGCAGUCGUCGUCAGUUCAUCAUCUUCCGGGUUAGCCGCCAAGAGGAAAAGAAAACAGAUUAAGAAAGACUUUGAGGAUAAUCCCAUCAUCAGGGUCCGGCAACUAGACAAGGAGCUGAAGAAAUAUUCUGAAUCCAAGUACCGCCGCUCCUAUAAAUCUAGAGGAGCCAAAGAGCUGAUUUCUCAGGGCCUCCUGAUUCUUGAGAGGCUCACACAGGACCAAGGGAACUGUACAGAGAUAAGUAAGGACCAAAGCCUCCUCUCUAGGAUCACGUCACCACUGAUGAGAAGCGCAAGCCAUGGCGACUUCCUCACCAAGCUGAGCGACAACACAACGGUUGAAAUGCUAAGCAAGUCACUCACAGUGCUGAGCAGGCUACUUACCGGUGCUGGAGAUGACGUAACAAGGCUGCAUCAGAAGCUGGCGAGUAACACAGAAGCUGUCAGCAAUCUGAUGGGUAUCUUGGAGAAUGACAGUGAAGGUGCCCAGAAACUGCAUGAACAAGCCCUGGAGAUCCUGACAGAGUUAGCAUUCGAUGGUUCUUUCAAAGAACUGGAUUUUAACAAGCUUUUCAAGGCCCUGCUACGUAUCUUCCUCGAGAAAGAGACUAACAAUAUUACAAAGCAAGAGCCCAACAAUAAUGCUACAUCUCAAGUGGAACCAGCGGACACAGAGAGAGCACCCAAACUGAGGGGAAAUGCAGGGGAAGCACUGGCCAGACUGCUUCCUGUUCGCGCUGCAAGAGGUAUAAUUUCCAAGCAAGAGGCGAUCGACUUAUUGAACAAGGUUCUCCAUAAAAUACUAUCUAGUAAAAUGGGAACAACUGCAGAUGCGGUAGAGAUUGUCGUGAAAACCAGCCCCAAGAAGAUGCAGACACUGACAGUGUACAGCCUCCCAUUCAGGAAAAUGAAAAGCAAUCUGAAGAAAGAAAAUUUAUGGCAGCCAUGUUAUCCCUCGCCGUGGUGA